AAUAUUUUUAUUAUACUCAUAUAUGUAUGAAGCACUCAAGACAUUACAGUCAAUAGUCAUCCAUUUAAAAUAACGAAUUUUAUGUCGAAUCUCUCAUUAAUAUUUUUAUUUAUUGUUUAAUAUAUUUCCCAUUGUUAUUUAACCGUUUAUUUAAUUAUUCUACAAAAAAAAUGGCCGACUUUAUUAAUUAUACCGCAGAAGAAAUGGAGGCAGAGACUGAGGAAGAUGAAGAAAUUGUCAGCAGAAAGAGAAAGAUGGGGAAAAAUUUAGGAAACAGUGACGAGGAUGAAAAUCUUGAAGAUAACAGCACAGUAGUGGAAAGUGAUGAAGAUGAUGAGGUUGAUGGAGGAAAAAAGAAAAAAAACUACGACAAGGACUUUGACGACCGUCUAGAAGACGACGAUUAUGACUUAAUAGAAGAAAACUUGGGUAUCACCGUUGAGCGCAGACGGUUUAAGCGACUGAAGCAGAUGCCCACUGGUGGAUCUGAUGAUGAGGACCGUAACGAAGAUGUGGAAGUUGAGAAAGAGAACAUUGCCAGUGGAUUAUUCGGUGAUGGUGUUGAUGUGGGAGAAAGCGCGAGUCGGGAACCAGAUGAAGUCUUUGAUCUUGAUAACAGUUACGCAGGUACUUCUUCAGAUGAAGACAAUUUCAUUGUCGAUAAUGAUGACAGACCGUUACCUAGAAAAAAACGUCAUUCUGGUGCCAACUCGGCGUUGGAAGAAGCACAAGAAAUUUUUGGCGUUAAUUUUGACUACAAUGACAUCAAUCAACAUGAUGAAGAUACUUAUGAAGAAGAGGAAGAGUAUGAAGAAGCUGAUGGUGAUUUAACACUGGGCGGUGUAUCUACAGGAAGAUGGAAAAAGAAACAGAGUAGAAAGUCUACGAGAAACAGUAUUUUUCAUUUGUAUGAACCUAGUGAACUACAACGUUCACAUUACACGGAUUUGGAUCAGGAAAUUCGUAGCAAAGACAUUCCGGAAAGAAUGCAAUUACGCUCGACGCCAAUUACUCCUGUAGCAGAAGGAUCCACUGAACUUGAUGAAGAGGCUGAGUGGAUAUACAAGCGUGCAUUCACACAGCCAAAAAUUUUGCAACAAGUUACAGAUGAUUAUUCUUGCGGUAUGGAUGAUUUUGGAUCCAAAGGUCCAGAAGCAGUGGAAAAAAUAAAAAAUGCAUUAAAUUUCAUCCGUAAUCAACAAUUUGAAGUCCCUUUCAUAGCUUUUUAUAGAAAAGAACAAGUGGAGCCAGAACUGAAUAUAAAUGAUUUGUGGAAAAUAUACAAAUUUGAUGCCAAGUGGUGUCAACUGUAUCAGAGGAAAAAUAAUCUACUUGCUUUAUUUGAGAAGAUGCGAAGUUUUCAGUCAGAUGAGAUUAUGAAAGAUCCAGAAGCUCCUCUUGCUGACGAUAUAAGAGUUAUCAAGGAAGAUGACAUCGAUCAACUAAAGAGUGUUCAGACUGACGAAGAAUUAAAAGACGUUUAUAAUCAUUUCAUGCUGUACUACAGCCGUGAACUUCCAGCGAUGCACGAAGCCGUGAGACGGAAAGAAAAAGAAGCUAAACGUUUGGAAAAAAUAGAGAAGCGUAAACGACAGCUGCUGGAGGCUGAGGAGAAUGGUGAAGAGCUACCACCUGAGGAUGAAGACGCCGAAGAGCCUGAAGAAAAAGAUACACUAAAGCCAGCUGUCAGACGCGGACCUUACGCACUGUAUAGACGAGCUGGGCUCAGUAGUUUCGCUAAAAAAUUUGGUCUUGCUCCUGAACAAUUUGCGGAAAAUUUACGAGACAACUAUCAGCGUCACGACGUCGACCAAGAUUUGGUUGAGCCGAGUGAAGUAGCACGAGAUUAUCUCGGUAGAUUUUUUCAGUCAACUGAGCAAGUUCUGAAGGCUGUCCAACUAAUGGUAGCUAUCCAACUCUCGCGUGAACCAAUCCUACGUAAAUCUGUUCGUGAAAUGUACAUGGAACGGGCAAAGCUGUCAGUGCGACCCACUAAAAAAGGAAUUAAAGAGAUAGAUGAAUACCAUCCCAUCUAUACGAUGAAGUAUUUAAAAGACAAACCGGUCAAUGAACUUGUUGAUCAUAUGUGGCUUAAGUUAUUGACAGCUGAGACCGACGGUCUGAUAAAAAUCACACUCAGCGAUACUGUUGACGGCACCACCAGUUCUGACUUUAUCAGCGAAUUUAAACAAUUGUACAUCAGAGAUGAAUUUAGUAAAACCGUACAAGAGUGGAAUGAUCUACGUACUGCUAGUGUGGAACUGGCUUUUAAUAAAUUCGUGAUACCCGAUUUGAAAAAUGAAUUACGAGCAAAAAUAACUGGUGAAGCAAAAGAAUCUAUUAUGCAGUCGUGCUGUCGCAAGUUAGCAAAUUGGAUAAAAUUCGCUCCAUAUACAUGCGAAUUUUAUAGCGUCGAAAAUGAAGAUGCUGAGACUUGGAAUACUAGCAAAGGUAUCCGAUCAAUGGGGAUUGCGUACGUUCCUGGUUACUCUCAAGCUGCUUUCGCUUCGAUCGUUGCCCCGGAUGGCGAGUGUCUUGACUACUUAAAAUUGCCUCACUUAUUGAAGCGAAAGAAUAGUUUCAAUGAAAAUGAAAAACUUCUCAAAGAAGCCGAAUUACUUUGUCUGAAGAAUUUUAUCAGCCAACACAAGCCUCACAUUAUUGUAGUAGCCGGGGAGUCCAAAGAUGCUCAAACAAUUUCAUAUGAUAUUAAGGAGUGUCUAACAGCACUUGCUGAUGAACAACAGUAUCCUGCUAUCCAGGUAGAGAUAUGCGAUCCAAAUGUCGCUAAAAUAUUUUCCAUGAGUAAUAGAGGAGUUGCUGAGUUUCGUGACUACCCGCCACUACUGAGAGAAUCUAUCUCACUUGCUCGGCGAUUGCAAAAUCCCCUCGGUGAAUUUUCACAGCUGUGUACUCCAGACGAAGACCUGCUGUGUUUAAACUUCCACCCACUUCAAAAUCUUCUUUCAAAGGAAGAGCUUUUGGAAGACCUGUACUUAGAAUUCAUCAACAAAGUAAAUGAAGUCGGCAUUGAUCUCAGCAAAAACCGGAUCUACAGUGAUACUCUUCUGCAAUUUGUUUGUGGACUAGGUCCUAGAAAAAGUCGUGGAUUAUUAAAAAUACUAAAAGACAAAAAUAGUAAACUAGAAAAUCGAACUCAUUUAGUAACUACAUGUCAUAUGGGUCCAAAGGUGUUUAUAAAUUGUUCUGGAUUUUUUAAAAUAGACACAACUACUCUUGACGACAGCACAGAUGCGUACAUUGAAGUAUUAGAUAGUACAAGAAUCCAUCCAGAAACUUACGAAUGGGCGCGCAAAAUGGCUGUCGAUGCUCUAGAAUACGACGAUGAGAAUUCACACCCGGCAAGUGCUAUUGAAGAAAUAAUACAAGCUCCCGAGAAGCUAUUGGACUUGGACCUUGAUGCUUUUGCUGCUGAAUUAGAGAAGCAAGGUUACGGAAAUAAAACAAUUACUCUGUAUAGCAUCAGAACGGAACUGACUGAUCGUUACAAGGAUCCGCGAGUGCCCUAUGAACCUCCAUCUGCUGAAGAGAUGUUCACUAUGUUAACCAAAGAGACUCCAGAAACAUUCUACGUGGGUAAGUUAGUUCACGGCACAGUUACCGGGUUCAGGUUCAAAAAACCCGAAGGUGAACAGUUGGAUCAAGCUAAUCCUGUUAAAAACGACGAGACUGAACUCUGGCAGUGUCCGUUCUGCUCUAAGAAUGAUUUUCCCGAAUUGGCUGACGUUUGGAAUCACUUUGACGAGGGGACUUGCCCUGGAAAAGCUGUUGGUAUCAGACUGCGUUUAGAAAAUGGACUGUCUGGUUACAUUCACGUUAAAAAUAUAUCUGAUCAACGUGUGGAAAGUCCCGAGGACAGGGUCCAGAUACGACAAGUAUUGACAUGCCGUGUCACCAAAGUUGAUAUGGAUCAUUUUAGUGCUGAGUGUACCAGCAAAAGUAGUGAUCUUGCUGAUGAAAAUAACACAUGGCGGCCUGCUAAAGAUUCAUUCUAUGACACAGAAGCUGAAGAGGAAGAUAAGAGAGUAGAAGAUGAAAGUAAAAAAGAUAAACAGCAGACUUAUGUAAAACGUGUUAUCGUUCAUUCUUCAUUUUACAACAUAAGUUUUGUUGAGGCUGAAAAAAUGAUGAAGACAAUGAAACAAGGAGAAGUUAUCAUUAGACCUAGUAGCAAAGGGAAUGAUCAUUUAUCAGUUACUUGGAAAAUUACAGACGACAUUUAUCAACAUAUUGAUGUACUUGAAGAAAAUAAAAGCAAUAUUUAUACACUGGGACGUAGUCUGUUCAUCGGGACAGAGAAUUUUGAAGAUCUCGAUGAAAUAAUUGCCAGGCACAUCAACGUGAUGGCUGGAUAUGUAGCAGAAAUACUUGAGUUCAAGUAUUACAACAGCCAAGUACUUGGUUUUAGGGAUAAGGCUGAAAAAAUAUUGAAAGAACAAAAGACAAAUAAUCCUAAUAGUAUUCCUUACAUCGUAUCAGCUGCCAAAAAUCAUCCUGGUAAAUUUUUACUCUCAUAUCUUCCUCGGGAAAGAUGUUACCACGAGUAUAUUGCCGUUACAUCCCAGGGAUUCCAAUUUAGGACUGAGACGUUUAAUAAUCUCAAUUCGCUGAUACGUUGGUUUAAAAAACACUACAGAGAUCCGGUUGUUGAUCAGUCUGUUGUUGAACAGUCACAGUCUGAAGAGUUGACACCAAAAGACACUCCAUCUGAUUUCAGCUGUUUAGCUGCUUAGCAUAUUUUCAGUUUUCAUGUUUACUAUUUACAAAAGUAUUACUAUUAUUACUUGAGAUUAUAAUCUAUAUAUUCGUUUCAUAUAAUAUAUAUUUGUACUCGUUUAUGAUUUAUAUAUUCGUUUAUUAUAUUUCUGGAUAAAUUAAAUUAUCUGUUACCAUUAUAUCCAGUUAUAUAUUU